AUGGCCGCUCUGCCCCCCUUCCAGGCCUCAAAGCAGGCACAAGCUGUCGCCAUGCUCAGGAAUCAGAUGCGCCGGGAAGCAGAGUCUGGCAACAGCAGACAGUGCCAGAAAUGCUUUCGAUGUUGGCCGUGGGCGACCUUUAGGCCAGUCAAGUCUGGAGACCUCCCCGUAUUCUGCCUGAGUUGCUCCAGGCAAGACGGGUACAGCAAGCACUGUAAAGAGGUCCAUGGCGAGAUGCUCCAAUUCAUUGCCCUACGCCGUGGAAAGCUGGCACCAUCGGAUGGUCGCACGUCUCUCGGAAAACCUGCCCAGAAAUCUCGGCCAGAGGUCGUUACUGCCGGAAGAUCCGAGCCUCAGCUCGCUCAACACCAUCGCAAAGAGCGGUUGCAGAUGGAGAUGGCGGCCAAGCAACGAGCUGCUGAACAAAAUCGCUUCCGCCCCGCCACCCCUAUCACACUGUCAAGCGAACGGUCCCCUGCGAUGCGUCUCAUUUCGAAUCCGCCCCAAUCGAAUGGCCGACCAGGCAAUGCAAUUGACUUGCCCCGUCUGCCCCAUCAACCAGACCCCAUUCGUAAUGUCAGCCACCCCGCUCUUAGCAGUCAACCUUUGGAUCACCCCCCGAGACAUCCCAUAGCACCAGGACACAACGUGGCAGUGCCCCUACCGACCUCCGACGUUGUCCCCUUGGCGGUGGCACUCAGCCGGUUGGCACCCCGUGAUCUAGAUGCACUGUCACGGAAGCCAGAACAUGUCAGGCUCAUGAGAGAACCUUACCGGUUUUCCGUCUGGUUGCAAAUCAUGUGUCGGCCCACAACAGCCCCGCAUGCUGUGUCGUUCAAUCUCCUCGCGCGGGCGUAUCGUCAUUUCCUAUCUUUCUCCGCUAGAGAGACCGCAUCCACCCCCGGCACACCCAUACAUUCCUACCGACACCCUCCACCUCUAAGCCCCAAAGACCUCGUCAUAAUUUUGCGCAACCUCUGGCCUCAAGUUCGCUUUUCUGGCGGCGUGCCGGGCAACGAAGAGCUGUUCUGUUUGGGGAUGGAGUUUAGGGCCGGGGAUGCUGAGACGGGGUCGAACACCGGCGGCGCGAGUAGUAGGCCUUGA